CGCGUGCGCAGGCGCGGGGAGUGGCGCUGCUCCGUGGUAAACAGAGCGGCGCGGCGGCGGGCCCGGGGCGCACAAAGGGGUGGCGGGCCCGGCACUCUCGGCGGGGCUGAGGCGGUGCCCAUGGCGGAGCCGGGUGGGGCUGCGGCGUCGCCGGACAUCGACCCUGACUUUGAGCCGCAGAGCCGCCCGCGCUCCUGCACCUGGCCGCUGCCGCGGCCCGAGGCGGAGACGGGCGGCGCGGCUGGCGCGGCGGAGGAGGGCGCAGGCGGCGCGGCGGCGGGGCCCGGCCGGGCCGAGGGGGCGCGGGCGGGCGGCGCGGCAGCGCGGAAGGGCGGCUCCCGGCGCAAUGCCUGGGGCAACCAGUCCUACGCCGAGCUCAUCAGCCAGGCUAUCGAGAGCGCCCCCGAGAAGCGGCUCACGCUGGCGCAGAUCUACGAGUGGAUGGUGCGCUCCGUCCCCUACUUCAAGGACAAGGGUGACAGCAACAGCUCCGCUGGCUGGAAGAACUCUAUUCGACAUAACCUGUCCCUGCACAGCAAGUUUAUUAAAGUCCAUAAUGAAGCCACAGGGAAGAGCUCUUGGUGGAUGCUCAAUCCUGAGGGUGGCAAAAGUGGAAAAGCACCAAGGAGAAGAGCUGCCUCCAUGGACAACAGCAGCAAACUUGCAAAAGUCAGAGGUAAAGCAUCCAGGAAGAAGCCUCCUCUCCAGUCUGCACCAGAAUCCUCUGCUGACAGUCCUGGCUCCCAAUUUCCUAAGUGGCCUGGGAGCCCGUCCUCAAGAAGCAAUGAGGACUCUGAUGUGUGGAACACCUUCCGGCCUCGAACCAGUUCCAAUGCAAGCACCAUUAGUGCCAGGCUUUCUCCGAUCCUGACAGAGCAGGAUGACCUCCAUGAUGAAGAGCUGCUUCCUUCUCUCGUGUACUCCAGUGCAUCCAGCAAUGUUCCACCAACUGUGACUGAGGAGCUUGAGCUCAUCGAUGGGUUAAAUUUGAUGUCUCCCAGCUCAUCUGUGCUAUCUACCCAGCAAUCUGCCUCGAGUGGUCAGAUCCAGAGAGAUUCCAGCUUUUCCUUGCAGAGCCCAAAUGCAGCUGGUCAGACUUUUGGCAACUCCCUGUUUAACCCUGUUGAUAUUUCACUGCAAAGUUCUGUCAGCCAUUUCUCUGCCCCUCAGACCUUGGAAGCUCUUCUGACACCAGGCUCUCCGCCUCCAAGGGAUGUUAUGAUGACUCAGGUGGAUCCAGUUCUCCCACAGACUGGUAACAGGAUGAGCAGCCGAACUCUCCUGCUUCUGGGUGGACAAGCUGCCCAGAGUAAGAUGAGCUCAGGCAAUCCACGAGGAAAGCCUGCAGAGCAGCAGGCAGAACCAGUCGGUGCCAGUGUUUUGCCAUCAACGCUUCCCAUAGUGACAUCUCCUCAAAACACCGCCAGCAUCACCAGUUUGAAGGCUCCAGUUUCUGCAACAACUGCCCAGUCAGUCCAGCUGGGCAGUCCAGUGCUCCUUUCAUCUGCUAGCCCUGCUCCCUUGGGAUUGAACCAGGACAGGCUGCCCACUGACCUGGACAUUGACAUGUAUAUGGAGAACCUUGAAUGUGAUAUGGAUUACAUAAUCAACAGUGAACUCAUGGAUGGAGGACUGGACUUCAAUUUUGAACCUAUUCUGCCUACUCCCAGCUAUCCCAGCACCUCACAGGCCUCCAACCAUACCUGGGUACCAAGUUAACUUCAGGAGCACAAAAAGUGUCCUUCAGGUUUUGAACAUUGGGUUCUGACUUCACUUCCCACCCCAGCAGAGAAGAGAAUGGAGCAUGUUGGAUUCAGUUUCCCUGCACAUCAUGCCUUGGGCAGAAGGGGCUGCCCAUCUGGGAAGAAGGGGCAACCUGCAUCUGGCUGCAACAGGAAGAGUUUAAAAAUAAUAAUCCUGUUAUGUGCCAUGGCUCUUCCUACAAACCUGACCCUGCCUUGGACCAUCUGGAGAAGCCCAUGUCCAAAGAGGAGCCCUGGUAAAAACCUCGGCCAGAAGACUCUGUGCCAGGCAAUAGUGUUUUCCCGUGUGAUGAGUUGGGUUUGCUGGAGGAAUCUCUCACUGGCUGUCCUCUCUCUGCUAUGGCAGAAAGUCUCCCAGUGCCUCGGACUGGUGGAGGGCUGGCUCUGCUCUCGCUUGGCUUGCCUCAUGGGGCAAAGUAGUUGGACUUUCUGAUGAAGCCACCAGAUGUGCACUUGGUAUCCCACAGACUGGCAGAGGAAUUGGAGGGAGUUUGUUGGUAGAAGCCCUGUGGGAGAAGGGUGUGCUGUUUCAGGGGUUGGUUUCAGUGUGCCCAUCGCUGGAGCAUCCAUCAUCGUUCUGCAGGGAAGGGUGGUUGUCGUGGUAUAGAAGGCUUCCUGUUGUCCCCCUGGGUGGAACAGGAGGACACUGAGUUUUUCACUGUGCCAACUGAGCCCCAUUGAAUCAGAAGCAUGUUUUGAGAAGUCCCUAUGCUGUUCUCAGCACUUUCCUGAUACACCAGGCUGCUGUAAAAUAAGCACAGGUGCUAGUAGCUGCUUUCUGGGACAUAAAAACAUUGUUUUGGGUUUGUUUUUGAUCUGUCUUGCUACAGCAGCAAAAUGGAAAGCCUGGGUGUGGCCUUAACAGAGCCCUGGUUGCUUUUCAGAAGGGCAUUUUCUAUAGAUGAAAUAUUUUUUUACUAAUCUGGGAACUUUCUACAGUGAAUAUGAAGCCAAUGUAAUGUGCGUCCCUAUUACGCCUCUCUCCGUCUGAGAAGGCAACAGUGACAGUCUCUUUUUCAGAGCUGUAUUAGGAACAAACACAUUUGAUGUUUGAUGAUGUAUAUGAUUGAGGGGAAGGAAUUGGCAGGUCCCUGUGGUUUCAAACCACUGUGGGGAAGAGUUGUACAUUAUUGUAAUCUAUAUGUAAAAGUAGGUGCAAAUUACAUAGAAGCUUUUCUAAACCUUUUUAAAUAUAUAUUAUAUAUUUUAAUUGAAAAAUGAGAUUAUUGGAUAAAAAGAAACAAAACACAUUUGCUGCAUCUGUCCCCUUCAUACCAGAUAACACUACAGUAUGGGAGGGGGCAGGCCUAAGGCAUUUUGGGCCAAGAAGAUGAAAAUGUUGUUGGAAAAGUGGGAAGGACGCUGCAGUGUAACUGGGGAAUGGCUGCUCUCCCCAGAAGAGGCAGAGGGAAGGUGCCUGGCAGGGCAUUCAGCCGCAGCUGCUCAGGCUGGGCAUUCCUGCCAAGCCAAGAGCACAAUGGAGGGAAUGCUAAUCAUUAACAGCGCUGUUCUCAGCUAAUCCCGUAAGUAGCUGGCCUGCAGCUGAUCCACGGGACAGAUUGCCUAGUCGUCGAAGGAGAUGGUGUGGACUGGAUCGUGCUAGAUCUGCUGACACUCUGCGUAGCCCUUGUGGAGGGCAUGAUCAGUUGUAUUUGGUAGCUCACUUUUUUGGUUUCUGAGGGUUUUUGUUUUCUUGCUGAUGUUUCCGCUACUGCUGGGGAACUUGAAGCCUGUAGGCUCACCCUCAGAAGUCCACCUGGGAUCCUGCUCUGUCUCUGUAUUUUUGCAAGACAGAAAUUAGGGGUCAGAAGAUAAGUUCAGAGCAUUAGUGGCAUGUUCCUGUCACUGUUCUGGUGUUUGCAGUGGCAGGAUCUGUGGGAGACAUGGUGCUUUCAUGGUAUUCUGGUAAGCUUGGUCUGGCAGAAAGACUCUCCAGUCCUUUUUGAAGGUGGCUUCAGUUCAGAAAGUUUGUAUCAUGCAGUGCAAUGAGCCAUACUGUUCUACCAGCUUGUCUGCUCUGUUUUCAUUUUCAUUUGAGUGCAGAUUGGAACAGGAGUGAUUGCCUGGUUACCUCCAACAAGGAGUCUUCAAAAGUCUUAUCUACAGCAUGCUGUGCCAUCAAAGCCUUUGCAUAGUUUGAUAACCUUUGCUUUGAAGGCUGCCUUCAUGGCAGACCUCCCAGUAAUGUUUCAGAUUUACCCAGAAUCUACAUGUCUGGCCACACCUCAUUGUAACAAACAAAAAGGUGGCUCCUACGAUGGGAUCCCAGGGUUUGCGGACUUGAGGCAUGGAUGAACAUUCUCACUGGAGUUAGUUCAUUACACAAGUGGAUAGAUACCCUUUCCACAAACACCUGAUGGCACGUGCCACAUGUAAGAAUCAGCCAUUCUGAGCUGCAGUGAACAGACUGGAAAGAUUUAUGUUAUUUGGCACAUAAUAUGCUACCUUGUUAGCUUGGGUCCUGAAGGGAACUUGAUCCAAUGAUGUACAGAGCAAGUUGAAUGGCUGCCCGUGAUUCACAGCCAUAUAUCAAAGGACAAGACACCGGUAUGUGUGGUCAUGUUAAAUGUGAGUCUCUGGCUCAUUUCCCAUGAAAAUGGAACCCAAAGCAAUAGAAAAGACACUUCUAGUAACCAGUGCUUCAGACCAGAAAUCCAUGGUGAGCUGUUUCUGGCUGGGUUGGUCUGUGGGAAAGAAGUGCUGCCUUCAGGCUGUUACGAAGUGUCCCUCAACUGUGAGGGCACCGGGGAGCUGGCCUGAUCUCUGUCUGCAGGGAGCCUGGCCCUGAACACUCAGGUAGCACCCCAGGGAGAUCUGACACAAUCUCAGCUGGUGCAUGUCCUUGACCUGUUCCUGCUGAAGGAGGUGCAGCACCAGGGCUCAUCAUGGUUAGUGCCCUACAGUGUGAGCUCAGAAAAGACCCUGUCCUUUGAGUAAGGAGUACAGUGCAUGCCUAUUUUUUUUUUUUCCAUAUUCCCAGGCUGUACUUCUGGAGACAGCACUGGAGAUAGGAGCACCUCUGGCUGGAGUCCUGCUGUACCAGGUUCCUGCCAGUGACAUUUCUGCCUUGCAGUAGUCUGUGCAGGUGCUUUUUGUCUCCUCAACACAGCAGGAGCUGUCAGUGGUUGAAGAAGCUUGAGAGUGCACUCGUGCUGAGAAUGGUGUUUGGAAGACUUGUGGAGUGCUCAAUAAACGAUGAAUGUAAUGUUGCAGGCUCAAGCAAGCAACUUACCUUCUUUUUUGUAUGUUUAGCAGGAUGGCUUGUAUUGUGGGCACAGAGGGCAGGGAUGCAGAGAAUUUGGGAGUUCUACAGACACUUCAUUAUCAUAAACCUUGACAUUUUUUAGCCUGGGAUAUUUCCUCAUAGGACACAGGAGACUCUGAAGUUCCUAAACUGCUGCUUGUGGAAAGGCUGUACCUGGCAGGGGGUUGCUCAAUACUUGUCCAUUUUUCUGUAUUCUUGCCCAAAGCUUUUGCUACUUGCUGCUGCUGGAGCCCAGAUAAUGUCUUGGUGGCUCUUCAUGCUGCAUUAGCACCACGGGCCCCAUACUUUGGGCUAGUUUUUGCUCUAAUGAAGGAUUGGGCUGGGAUUUUGAGAGCAGCUGUGAGUGGGGUGAGACGGGAAGGGGCCAGUGACAUGGGGAGUGAUGCUCCUGGAUAAGUGCCUGAGGGGAGUGGGCAGGGGACUCUUGGCAUGAAGCAUUACUUUAUGCUGUGUUCCUUGUCCUCACUGAGCUCAGGCAACAAGUUUCUCCAUCUUCAGAGGAUCAAAUGACAUCUUACACAGUAUUGAAGCCACCAUGCAGUUCAGGGCCACAAAGGAUUCAGGUAACUAGGCCCAUGGAUCUUGGUAGGAGGCAGACUUGUUGCUUUUAUUUACACUUGGGUUUAGCAAAUUGCUUGAACUUUCUUUAUAAUUUAAGCAUAUUUUACUUCCAAGCAUAUACUUCCAGCUUCAUGUGCGAGCUUGGAAAAUUGAAAGCUUCUUGGAGCCCUUAAUUUUCCUUGCUGGUGUGUCUAAAACAUGGUAGUCUCUGUGCUGCUUUAAAAACAGCAGUCAAAUCAUCCUGAUGAGAGGAAUGAAGCAUUCCAGAGCUUGGGUGUAUUCAUAAACAAGAGUCAUAAUAGAAGCAAGUAGCACUAAUCAGCUUUUCCAAAGGAAAUGCCUAGAAAGCUUUUAUUUAGAUGAUAAUUUGUUAAUUUUCUUGCUUAGUUGCUUAUUUAUAGCCACACUCAAAUGCUCUGGGGCUAGGCUUGCUCCAGGAUUGAGUAACCUGUGUCUGGUGCCAUGGGUGGGAGUGCCUUGGGAGUGGUGUCCUGGACUGUCACCAAAAUGUGAAAGUUUGGAUCCAUUAUUAAAAAAAAAACAACAAACAAAAAAACCCAAAGAAAAUCAAUCAACUUUGGGACAUGAGCAUGAACAGGGAAUAGCUUAGGGCUUGCCUCAGUUGCAUGUCUAAUGAAAAACGUGUUCUAAUUAAUGUGGGGAAAAGCAAGCAAGAGGUGACUUCUGAAGCCUGAAAGAUCUGUCUGUGUGAAAGCUCGGAGUAUGUGCUAACCCAUCACCACACUUGCUCAGCCUGCAGGAAAGGGAUCCCCUCUCUUCACUAGCCUUUAUGUCUUUCCCUGCACCCUGACGUGUCUGUAGCUGAUGGAAAGCAGUAUCUGAUGGAAUCAAAAUCACUCCUAAUACUGUGGUGUAAAGCAGGGAGAAGAGGCAGCAGAAGCUGAAGGUGUUAAGAGCUGCCAGUGUUGCACUUAGGUUCUUUGGCUGAGGCAGUGUUACGGUGUGUGGUAGAAGGGGAUGUUCUGGGACACAAAAACAGAGCCCUGGUUGCUUCUCAGAAGGGCAGUGUGGGACUGGUGGUGUGGGGUUCCCCAGGGUGUCUUGAGAGGUUUGGCUACAUAGAAGAUAGGUUACUUCUCCUGAAAGGAGCCGCCUUCCUAUGGCAGUGGGGGUGGUUCUGUGAAAUGGUGCUUCCAGCACAGUGGAGUCUUCACCUGGUGUGAUCCCAGGAAAGGUUUCUGCAUUGCUAGCACAGAUGUCUGCUGCACACAGGGCAGGCACCACUACCUGACAUAGUUUCCACCACAUGCCCUAUGCACUCUUCCACCCAUUUCUCACAAUAAAUUUUUUUUAGAAAAUAAACCUCUGCUUUUGUUUGCUCUCUGUAGCAGUGUAACUUCUGAACCAUUACAGGCUUUGUUACCAUCUGUGCUAGCAAGACUGUAGACUGUGCUAGACUAGGGGGAAAUGUUUGAAAAAUAAAAACCUGUAAUCCUC